AUGCUUUUAGCCUUCCAGGUCCUGGGUCUGUCUUUAGGGGUGAUGGGCUGGUGUCUGGAGAACAGCGGCACUCGUUCCCAUUCCUGGAGGGUCCACAGCCACUCUCAGACUGUCACAACCAACAACUGGCAGUUUGAGGGCCUGUGGAUGACCUGCGCAGCCACGUCUCUGGGCUCUGUGGAGUGCCAGAGAUACAAGACUGUACUGGGGCUACCAGUUGAGAGACACAUACAGGCAUGUCGAGCCCUGAUGAUCAUCGCUCUGCUCCUGGGUCUAGCGUCCAUCAUUGUGUCAGUGCGGGGGCUGAAAUGCACAGAGAUCGGCAGCACUUCUGAACAGGCCAAGGGCGAAAUCAUUCUGUCCGGCGGCAGCUUGUUCAUCUUAUCAGGUCUUUCCACCUUGACUGCUGUGUCAUGGUACGCUGCGCGGGUGGUGCAGGAGUUCCAUGAUCCAUUCCUUGCAGGAGUAAGGUUUGAGCUGGGUACAGGUCUAUACAGGUCGGCCAUUCUAGGUGGGGUCAUGCUCUGCUGUUCCUGUAAGAGAUGUCCACCAGCACCACCAACAGGGUGA